AUGGCCUCAAAUCCUCUAGACCUUAGGGCGGGAGGCGAGAGAGGCAGCCGCGGACCCCCCACCCCCCCGACUCCGGCUCCAUGGAUCGCGCUGCUCCGCAGGGAGAGGAGACUCGUCCUGCGUCAGUGCCGAGGGAGGCCCGCGGGGUCCGGCGCCGCAGCGUGCCCGAGGGCGCCUCCCGCGGAGCUUAGCUAGGAGCCGGGAGGUGCUCCCGGAGGGCCCCCUGCGCGUUCUAGAGCAGUGAGAGGGUCCCAGAACUCUGGUCUUCCCUAGGCUGAGCUCUGGCCUGCGGACGCCGAGAAAGGGCUGGUCGCUGCUUCCUUCUGGAGUCGGGCUGCCCGGCCUCUGCCGGCGUCGUGGCCCAGCGGGCACCGGGCGCAACAGGGCUGGGACCAUGGCCGUUUCUUCCCCUUCUCGAAAUUUGCCCCUGGUAGCUGUGUGCCAGGUGACGUCAACACCAGAUAAGGAACAGACCUUUGCAGCCUGCUCAGGUCUGGUUCGGGAGGCUGCCAAGUUAGGUGCCUGCCUGGCCUUCCUGCCCGAGGCCUUCGACUUCAUUGCUCGGGACCCAGCAGAGACACUUAAGCUGUCUGAGCCACUGGGCGGGGAUCUCGUGAGUCGGUAUGCCCAACUCGCCAGGGAAUGUGGGCUCUGGAUAUCCCUUGGUGGUUUUCAUGAACGUGGCCAAGAUUGGGAGCAGACUCAGCGCAUUUAUAAUUGUCACGUGCUCCUAGACAGUAAGGGCUCUAUUGUGGCCACAUAUAGGAAGACACACCUCUGUGAUGUGGAGCUCCCAGGACAGGGAUCCAUGUGUGAGAGCAACUCUACUAUACCUGGGCCCACUCUUGGGUCACCUGUCAGUACACCAGCUGGCAAGGUAGGCCUGGCCAUUUGCUAUGACUUGCGAUUUCCAGAGCUUUCCCUUGCAUUAGCCCAGGAUGGUGCUGAAAUUCUCACCUAUCCUUCAGCCUUUGGCUCAGUCACAGGACCAGCUCACUGGGAGGUUCUGCUCCGUGCUCGGGCCAUAGAGACACAGUGCUAUGUGAUUGCUGCAGCACAAUGGGGACAGCACCAUGAAAAAAGAGGGAGUUAUGGACACAGUAUGGUGGUGGACCCCUGGGGAGUUGUGGUAGCCCGCUGUUCUGAGGGGCCAGGCCUCUGCCUUGCCCAUAUUGACCUGGCCUAUUUGCGUCAGGUACGCCUGCAUAUGCCUGUGGCCCAGCACCGAAGACCUGACUUGUAUGGCAAUUUGGGUCGCUCAGAUCCUUGACGUCUACUCAAAUGAACCAGGGUCCUAUUUUGGGCCAGUGAGGAUCUGUGGCUUGGAGGCAGGACCCCAAGCUAUUGAAGAACCUCUAUUCCCUUUCUUUUGUGGCAUACAGGUUCAACCUGUUGUAAAGCUUGAGAUGGACUCAGAUUUUAGUUGCAUAUAAAUAGGCUCUUAAAUCACAAUUCUAUGAAAACUAAAGCUACACACCAAGGUCUGAGUAGCACUGACAAUGAAAAAAUAUAGUCAUGAAGUCCCAAGUUUCGACAACUCCUUUGGGGGUAAGGGAACCAGUGUAGCAACAAAAAUACUAGACCAUAAUGGCAAGUAGGACUAUUCAUUAUCUGUCAAAACAAGUGCUGAAAUUACGUUUGUCCCAGCCCAUUCUUCAAUAUUAGUAGGGAAAUAGGGCUGUUCAAACAUUGAAGACUAAGAGAGAGGUUGUACUUGGACAAGCCUCAAGGGGAUUUCCCAGCUCUGACUCCAACCCAAGCCAGACAACAAGAGAUGGGAAUGGGCUGCAGGAUACAUUUAUUUUCACUUGAACAUGGAAGGAAAAAUGCCACACACUCCUUUCUUUGGGAGUGUGGGCUACCAGCAACCCUUCCCCCCAUCCUGCAUACAUACAGGCACUUGUGCACAAGAGUGCACAGACAAGGGGUUCUCGGGCUGCCCCAGUCCUCCCUUCUCACUGCUUCCUAGAAGAGGAGCUGACAGGGAAAAUGAGGGACCCAGACUAGGAAAAGAGCCCCUAACCUCUAUCCCUGGGAGAGGGGGGAGAAAGAGGGAAGCACCAGGGGCCAGGAGUGAGCAAGUGAGGAGG